GUUUUGCGUUCUUCAUUCGCGUUUUUGUCCUACAUUAUACACGACAUUCACAAUAAAUAUAUAAAGAAAAUAUAAACAUUCUUGCAACUUUCCAAACGCCGUAUAUUUUAUAAACUGGGAUUUCUUGGAUAUUCCAGGACGAAAAGGAUUCCUUCCGUCGAAAUAAGAUCGUGUAGAUUUUUACUUUACAAAAGAAAAUAUUAUAAGCCCGUACAUUACAUAAUACAAAUCCUGAGGUAGUGAAAUGUAAGAAGGGGCAAUAAUAAUUUAAAAUAAUUUCUUUGUGCAAAAUAUGUAAACAGUUUACUCUUAUCUCUGGCUUACUUCUUCCAAUACGCAUUUAACAAAACAUUGACUUCAGUCAUUUACGUUAAUGAUGUGCAAGAAGCAAAUAUCGAUUUUUAGUCGAAGGAAAACUAAACAUUUAUUGGGUGGGAUAUCAUAAUUACGUAUAAUAAUUUAGACAUAGAGUGACCGAUUUGUAGGCACGGCUCAUGUGUCACAGUUGACAUUUUAAAAGUCGAAAACGCCUAAAGCCAUUUGUUAUCACUAAAACUAUAUUGACAUUUAGAUAAUAUUAAGUGAAAAACAAAAGACAUUUCUAUCUGGAACAAUUUAAAUAUUCUCCCCUUAUCUAUAAGUUAUAGAAAACUUAAUUUACUAGCACAAUAUUCACUUUUGAAAUGGCUUUAAUUAGUAAUAUGGAAAAAUUGAGCAAUCAAAUUGGCUAUUUAUUAUUGCAAGACGAUGGAGCAGUUAUUGGUUCCGGUGGAGAUUUAGAAAACGAUGAAAGAAGUGCUAACAUAUUCAUGGAACUUCUACACUUAGCGGAAAGUGUUGACGAUAACUUCAUGCCCAACAGUAGCUGUGAACGCAUCUCAAUUGUAUAUGAUGACCACAGUUACAACAUUUCCAUGAGCAAUCAUCGCAUAUACAUAGUAAAGUUAAAAAAUGUUCCGCGUGGAGGUACAGUUUACGGUCUUACGAACAAUGGUAGCAACGUGGUAUUCUCAGAAAAUGAGACAUCUGGUGUGGCAUCAAUACUAACUUGAGACGCUACUACAUCAUGCUGCGUGCUCUGUCACCGUAACCGAUCUAUGGCGCAAUUGAAUGCAUACCAUGAGGAAGUUCGCCGUUUUAAUUGGAAAACGCCUUUCAUUUAUUUAAUUAUACUUUUUAUUUGUCAAAAAAUACAUCAUCUGUGAAUUGUUUAUCAAACACA